AUUUGCAGAAAUGGAAACAAUUUCAUCAGCUCCAUAUUCAUACCAGCAGUAUGUCCCUCAUAAACUGGUUCAUCUGGUGAGGCAUGCACAAGGACUGCACAAUCUAGAACCAGACAGGAAUCGAGAUCCAUUAACUUCAUUCGAGUUUAUCGACGCUCAACUCACCUCUCAGGGCUGGAAACAGGUACGCUGUAAACGAAAAGAUGUUUGUGCCAUUGGCCUGCUUAACGGAAUUGAGGUAGUCAUCACUUCCCCGAUGUCAAAGAAAUUGCAAACAGCAGUAGGAAUAUUUCAUGGUGAAGAUGGAAUAAUUGACGAGACACCUGCUUCGAACCGCCCACCGAUUAUAGCAUUUGAACAGUGUCGUGAACGAUUGGGAAAAUAUGAAUGUGACAAGAGAAGAAGCAUCAGCCAAUACCGGUCUCGUUUCAGUGCAGUUGAUUUUUCAUUGAUCGAAAAUGAAGCGGACAAUUUAUGGAAAGCAAAUGAAAGAGAAGCCCUAGAAGAUGUGUUAGGCAGGGGAAUGAAGUUUUUCAAUUGGUUGUGGACAAGGAAAGAGAAGGAGAUAGCAGUGCUGAGCCAUGGUGUGUUUUUGCAGCAAGCCAUGAUUGGACUUAUUAAUACUAACAAAUGUCUUCCCUUAAUGGAAGACGAUCCACGUAGCCGGUUUAAAAAUUGCGAAAUACGUUCUGUAAUUAUUUUUUAUGAAAGUGUGACGGGAUUGGGAUCAAGUUCGGUGGCAACGAACUAA